GGGCGGGACUUACAUUUGAACGUACAGCCACGAAACGGGGCCGAGCAUUGUGUUUGUGUUAGCUAAUGACGGGUCCUGUCCGAUAGAGUCAGUCUAACUCGGUCAAAAUGUCAUAUUAUACACAAGAAUAGGCAUGCUUUACUCUAUUACGAAGAGUUGCCGAGUAACUUAACGUCUUCGCGUUGCAAGUAACGUUUUGGCGACUGUGAAGAUAGCUAAUAUUUACCAAAGUGCGAUCCUUGUGUCCGCAAGAUGCCUAUCAGAGCAUAUUGCACAAUUUGCUCCGAUUUCUUCGAUCACUCCAGAGAUGUUGCUGCCAUCCACUGCGGACACACUUUCCACUAUGAAUGUCUCCUCCAGUGGUUUCAGACGGCCCCCACAAAAACCUGCCCACAGUGUAGAAAACAGGUCACCACCAGACACAUUAUCAGCAAGCUGUAUUUUGACAUUGGCGGAGAGGAGGAGCCCUCAGCUGACCCAGAGAGCCUGCAGAAUGACGUUGAUCGAAUGAAGGCUCUUUUAAGCUCUAAAGAGCGAGAAUGGAGGGACAAACAGAAGGUGGUGGACGGUUUGAAAGACACUGUGGACAAGCAGAGAAGAGACCUCGACAGUAUGCGCAAAGAGGUUAAAGAAAAAGAGAUGCUCUGUUCUGCCCUCAGAAAACAGAUGACGUACCUGGAGACGCAACAGAAUGACGUUCAGGCUGCCAAGGAGGAGGCCCGGAGACUCAGGACCAAAAUGAAGACCUUUGAAAGCCUGGACGUGUUGCUGCAGGGCCAGAGAGCAGAGGUGGAGUCCAUGAUCACUGAUAUGGGGAUCAGCCAGGCAGCAGUGGAGCAGCUGUCCAUCUUCUGCAUCUCGCUCAAAAAAGAGUAUGAUAACCUCAAAGGAAGCCUGAAGUCUUCAAAUGACAUGUGUGAGAAGCUGAAGAGAGAAGUGCUCACCUCAAACAACAAGUUUCACAAAGCCUCAGUGGAGGUGAGCAAGACCAAGGAGGAAAUGAAGUCUUUGCAGAACGAUCUGGCCAGAGCUGAUAAAGAGAUUUCUAGCCUGAAGAAGAAAGUGGAGUUUCUUCAGAAGACGCUGAGCACCCCAACACGGACGAAUGAAGCCCUCAGUCGGCUUGUCUUUGAAAGCCCGGCCCCAAUGGAGCUAAAGCAGCCUCGCCUCCACCACCCUGUAGGAGACGAGGACAUUGACCUCAACAUGACCUAUGACAUCACUACGCCAGAUGAUGUGGCCAAGAGACCGAAGCAGGUCCCAUCCAAGAAGAUGCGACUCGACCAUCCAGCGCCGUCUUUCUCGAAACACGACGAGAAAAGUUCUUGUCCAAGCAAGGUUCGAGACGAGGAUGGAUCCAUGGAUCCGUUCUUUAGGAACUCCCUCCUCUUCAGAAAGAAGACCUUUGGUAGCAUGUUGGACCCUCAGAGGAAGACUGGAGCUGUGAAAACUGGUUAUGAUGGUUUAGGAGGACGUACUAAAUUCUUCCAGCCUUCCCCUUUGUCAGAGAUUCGCCCACUGAUGAAAGCUAAAAGGAAAAAGGUCGCCAGGCCUCCCCCCAAGAUUGCAACCUGCCUGACUCUGGACAGCUUCCUCGAGUAAAAGCUGACCUCUGCUUCCUUUUGAUGUGGAGUCAAAGGAUCAGGAUGCUGUGUGUGAAGUAUAACCAGCCCGGCAGCGGUUCUGCCACUCGGCACCAAACAGGACUUUCUGAUUGAACUUUAUUUAAAAGCAGAGCUCAGAAUCUGAGCUUUCGCUGACACCAGCAAACUUGCUGUAAACUUUUUGUCUUGACCAGCAUUUUUUUUGUUGGGUUGUUGUUGUGGUGUGCGUGCGUGUGUGCGUGCAUGUGUGUGUGGAAAAAGCUACGUAUUUGCACACCAUUUGAAUGUGCUCUGUGUUGUCAUUUCGAUCACUGCUGCAUCAAUUCUCCAAGCUCCGAGAAAUACUGUUAUUUUUCGCACUUAUUUAAAAACCUCAGCGCCUGCAUGUGGACACACUGUUGGUGUUUUUAGUCGAAAUGGUCCUGUCAGAUGUAAACCAACUCAAAUAAUAAACAAUAUUUCUUUUUUUUUAUUAAGAUGUGUGUGGGGCCCACAAACAAUUCCCUCUUGACUGUGUUUUUAUACACAAACAUCUCACUGAGGUGUGCUCUCCUGCAGAGGGCAGUACAAACAGUGUUUUCUGACAGGAGGACAGGACUCUGUCAGCCCCUCCACUGCGAGGAAAAACGCG